UGUAGGUAGGGUCAGCUUCAUUGCCAACAUGAAGCUCUUGUUGUUUUUCGGAUUUGUGGCUGUCGCCGUGGCUGAAGUCACUCGCUUUGAGGGAGACAAAGUCUUCCGACUGAAGCCGACCCUGGAUGCGCACGUGACCCUCAUUAAGGAUCUGGCUAAGAGCAUUGAGCUCGACUUCUGGAGCCCCGACAGUGAGGAUCUGGUGACUAUCGACAUCAGUGUGGACAUCCACGUGCCUGCCAGGUACCUCGACAUGGUGUACAUCACGUUGGAGCAGGGUGGCGUUGCACAUGAGAUUCUCAUCGAUGACUUUCAGUCUGCUGUCGACGGCCAGGCUGACAGCGGUGCCUCUCCCAGAGCUCACAGCUACACCAAGUACAACACCUGGAGUGAAAUUGAGGCAUGGGCCGACACCAUCAGCUCCUCCAACCCCUCCCUGCUGAGCAAGCAGAUCAUUGGAAACACUUAUGAGGGACGUUCAAUGGUUCUCCUCAAGGUUGGCAAGUCAUCCGCCUCACCUAAACCCGCUAUCUUCAUUGACUGUGGCAUCCAUGCUAGAGAGUGGAUUUCUCCUGCUUUCUGUCAGUGGUUUGUCAAUGAGGCCGUCACUACCUACGGCAGUGAUUCUGCCAUGACCAGCCUGCUCAACGACAUGGAUGUCUAUGUUCUGCCCGUCUUUAACAUCGAUGGCUACGUGUUCACUCACACGAACGACAGGAUGUGGAGAAAGACUCGUUCCAGGAACUCUGGCUCAUCUUGCAUGGGAACUGAUCCCAACAGGAACUUUGACGCUGGCUGGUGCACCAUUGGCGCUUCCAGCAACCCUUGCAGUGAAACCUUCUGCGGCAGCACCCCUGAGUCAGAGAUCGAAUCAAAGAAUGUCGCCAACUUCAUCCGCAACAACAAGUCCACCAUCAAGGCCUACCUCACCAUUCACUCAUACUCCCAGCUGCUCCUCUUCCCUUACUCCUACACCUAUGGCUUGGCUGCAGACCACAGUGAGCUGUUGAAGGUUGCUGAAGGAGCCAGUGCUGCUCUGACUAGCCUGUAUGGUACCCGUUACACCAGCGGACCAGGAGCUGCCACUAUCUACCCCGCUGCCGGAGGCUCUGACGACUGGGCCUAUGACCUGGGAGUAAAAUAUUCCUACACCUUUGAGCUGCGCGACACUGGUUAUUAUGGCUUCCUGCUGCCCGAGUCUCAGAUCAAGCCCACAUGUGAGGAGACCAUGCUGGCCGUCAAGUACAUCGCCGCCCACGUGCAGAAGAACCUCUAUUAAAAAGUGCGGUAGCCAGGACCCCUGCCCCCUGUAGCUUCACUACAGCAGCCCUUACAACCUCUAACCAAUUUUCUGCCCUGUUUCCAUGGAAACGGCCAUCUCCCUCCAUGUUUUCUCACUGCAUUUGACAGAAUGUCGAGAUGAGUGCAAACAAUAAAAUCAAUGAUCCAUCCUAA